ACUGGAAGGGAUAUAGUGGCAGCAAAUGCCGAGGAACAUAUAGCAGGUUACGGUGAGCUAUCCCUGGAGGGUGAUCUGUUGCUAACUGGAACUCCAGAAGGCGUAGGCGCCAUUCAGGCUGGGGACAGGAUCACCGCUGGCUUGCAGUUGCCUGAUGCUAGCGAGGUGUUAGCAGAAUUAGAACUAAAUGUGGUCGAUCGCAGUGGCGGUUAUAUAUUCCAAUCAUAA